AUGGUACUGCGUCUCGCGUCUCGAUUCGACGGCCUCCCUCUGUUCAUGAAAAACCUGCACUUCAAUCAACCAGCAUGGGUAGAGAUCUACUACAAGGCAAUUAGUGUGUACAAUAUUCCUCAAUCGAUUGUGGAAGAAGAGAUGAUAAAGUUCCAGUGCAGAACCGCUAAAAAUCCCAAGGAAUUCGGCCAGGAUGAAUUCAUCGCAUCGUAUCUAGGUGAGGUUCUCAAGGAGGUUACCCUUAAAACACGAAAGGAGCGGUUGGACUCCAUGCAGAGAGCAUGGGCGAGCUGGCUUGUAGAGCGUCUCGACAAGCGCUUCGUAGAUAGAUUCGUUCUCGUUUUUGGAGCUGCGCGAAAGGAGAGCCCCAUUACGUUAUGCUCGAGCCAUAAGAAAGAAGACCCAAAGAAGGGGAAAUUUAGUAAAAGACUUGACAACUUGUUCAGACUCAACCCUGGAGUAAAACGUCCUGCCGAAGACCCCAACGACAUCCUUUUUGAGAAGCUACGUCAGGAGGUCAAGCGCGAGCGAAUUGAAAAGCAAAGACGUAUACCCGACCGUCCUAGGCCAGGUGAAGUCCCUCGGUUUUAUCCCAUAGGCCCUCCUCAUCGCCCUGGUCCAGAUUCUGUACCUCCACCUAUUAGUUCUGAGGGAGAUCUCACGGGUGAUAGUCAUCGUGCUCCACCUCCUUCGCUGGACGAGUUCUACGAUUUCCAAGAGCUUUCCCCUCUCAGAGCCUCCGCGCCUCCUCGUUCAUUCCCCCCACCUCUUCGUGUAGUGUCUUCACCUCUGCCUCCUGAGCCAAACCAUAUUGAUGAGAAUCUCCCUGGCGCAACAUAUCCUCGGCCUCUUUGCCUAGAGGUAGAUGACUUCAAUAAGUACGUCCAACCUGAAACCUCUACACCUCCUCCUUGGGGCGGAUACCAACCCCUUCGUGUAGUCCUACCACCAACUGCUCCCGAGAGAUACCACCUAGACGAUAGUUUCCUUUGUCCCCAUGAUUUGUCGUCUCUUCUUCCAGAGGUAGAUGUUUUCAACAGGGUUUUCUCUAGUACAAUCCCUGUGUCUCCUCCUUCCGCUGGAUAUCAACGAAACCAGAAUAUGCCUAGCAAGUGUCCUCCGGAUGAUGUUUGGCUAGACCUCGAUUCCUUCGAGAUUCAGCUUCAGUGGGUGCAGCGGGAUGGCGCAGCAUUUCUCUCCUCUACAAUGAGAAAUUUCUUUGGCCGUAAUACCGAAUUGCAGAUAUCGGCGAAUUUAUCGGCUAGGAGUCGGGGUAGAAUAUAAUCUAGGAUCCUCCAGAUCGAUUCGUUCCUUUUAAGUGGAUUUUGCUACGGGUUUUGAGUAAAGUCGUAUGCAACGUAAAUGUGGAUCUUGCUGCGGAUUUCACUACGAAUCUCGCUGCAGGUUUCUGGUGUCGAUUCUGCCGCGCCUUUCACUGUAGAUAUUUUGUUUUGGAUUUUGCUACGGAUUUUG